CGCCAUUGAAGACCCCAAUCGAACACGAGCUCCCUCGCAAAUCGGGUUGCAGCCCAAUAAGAAUCGAAGCAAGGACUACGCCUUGAUAGAGUUUACGACGUGCCCUCGAGAGACCUUGAUUCGAGAGUCCGCCCUUAAUGCAGAUCCCACGCCGCUCGCGCAAGGGUCGACGUUACAAUGGGGAUCUGAGAUCCCGACGAUGAGCGGAGCCUCCCAUCAAUAUAAACAUAACCCAAGGCGAUAAGACCGCUGAUGUACUUGGUUUUUUACUAUUCACAUCUGGCACUGACGAGCAUCCGAGCUACCAUGUCCACGAAAUCACCAGCCAGCGAGCCGACCGCGCGUGGGUCUACACCCGCAGACGCGACCCCGCCUGACUCAAGCCUGGAUGCGGCAUACAAGGCCAAGGCAGAGACGCUGAAUCGUGCCAUUCAAGAUAUCGGGAUGGGAAAAUACCAGUGGCAGCUUUUCGUGGUGAUCGGGUUCGGCUGGGCCAGUGAUAACCUCUGGCCGAUCGUGACAUCGCUUAUCCUCCCACCGAUAUCAUACGAGUUCCACGCGUCAAAGCCACCACUACUCACGCUCGCCCAGAACAUCGGGCUCCUCGUCGGCGCCGUAUUCUGGGGGUUCGGGUGCGACGUGUUUGGGCGAAAAUGGGCAUUUAAUUUGACCAUCGGUAUCACAGCGGUAUUUGGACUUAUCGCAGCGGGCUCACCAAAUUUUGGUGCUGCGUGUGCCUUUGCAGCACUGUGGUCGGUUGGUGUCGGAGGGAAUUUGCCCGUCGAUUCGGCUAUUUUCUUGGAAUUCCUGCCCGGGUCGCAUCAGUGGCUGUUGACCGUUUUGUCGGUUGAUUGGGCAUUCGCGCAGUUGCUAGCCACUUUGGUUGCUUGGCCACUUCUGGGUAACAUGAGCUGCGGCUCGGAGGAAGGUUGUACGAAAUCGAAGAAUAUGGGCUGGCGGUAUUUUCUGAUUGCCAUGGGCGGAUUAGCGAUGAUCAUGUUUGUCGUGCGCUUCGUGUUUUUCACCAUCUUCGAGUCGCCCAAGUACUUGAUGGGCAAGGGGAGGAAUGCGCAGGCAGUCGAUGUCGUGCACGAAGUCGCCCGCAGGAACGGUCGGACAUCUUCAUUGACUCAGAAUGAUCUUGAUGAGCUCGACGAGGGCGAGUCGCGUGGUCUCACGGCGAGUAACAUCGUUCGUCAACGCCUAGACAAGCUUCGGUUCGAGCAUAUUCGCGCGCUAUUCGAUACGCCCAAAAGAGCGUACUCGACCACUUUGAUCAUUCUCGUCUGGGCUUUCAUCGGCCUUGGGUUCCCUCUAUACAACGCCUUCCUGCCAUACAUCCAGCAGUCACGGGGUGUAGAGUUCGGUGACGGCUCAACAUACAUCACAUACCGAAACUCUUUAAUCAUCGCAGCGAUGGGGAUCCCCGGCUGUCUUCUCGGCGGCCUCCUAGUCGAGCUUCCACGUUUCGGACGGAAAGGUGCACUAUCAAGCUCGACGGCAUUGACGGGUGUGUUCCUCCUCGUGUCGACAACGGCAACGUCCUCGAAUGCUUUGCUGGGAUGGAACUGUGCCUAUAACUUCAUGAGUACUCUCAUGUACGCCGUGCUUUACGCGUAUACUCCGGAGAUUUUCUUGACGAAAGAUCGUGGCACUGGUAAUGCGUUGACAGCCAGUGCCAACCGUAUCUUCGGCAUUAUGGCUCCUAUCGUGGCCAUGUUUGCGAAUUUAAACUCUGCGGUGCCGGUUUAUGUGAGCGGGGCAUUGUUCAUUGCAGCGGGUAUUUUGGUCGUUUUGUUACCUUAUGAGUCCCGGGGCAAGGCGAGUCUGUAGAUAUUUGGCAUGUCUAGAAUCAUAGACAAAGACAGAAAGUAUCUGAGGCAAUCCGGCAGAUACAACCACUCAACAAACCUAUGGAACACCAACCAAUAAUGUCCCAAACACAGAUAUAGCAAGUAUUAUUGGGACAUCAAUUUAAGACUACAACCCAUUCAACCCUCUCGACGCUACACCAACGCCUCCGCCCCACUACAUUUAAUAUAAAAUACUUUGACCAAGCCACGCAUGCCAAACUCGGUAUGACAUCAUCUCUCCGACAUUCACCCCCAAUAGAAAUAGAUACACAAAAUACCACAAUUCAUCACCAAUGAAAU